AUGAGUCGAUUGUUGUCAUUGGCCAUUCGGUUGUUGCGCCCGCAUUAUUUAUGUUCCCCAGCCAUUUCUCCUAUCCUUCGUAAGGGGCAUAUGCCACUGCUUCAUCACAAGCAACCCCGCUGCGCGUUAACUCUCACCGCGUUCAAAUUAAUGGAGAACAACGAAGAUUUUGACACGCAUCUCCUCUACGAGCCUCUUGAGGGAGUCGAAAGACUUGAGAACUAUCGACCAGGGGGCUAUCACCCCAUUCAAAUCGGAGAUCACUUUCACGGUCGAUAUCGAGUUGUUCAUAAGCUGGGACAUGGGUCUUAUUCAACUGCGUGGCUGGCCCGUGAUGAACAAUUCAAUAAAUACGUUGCAGUGAAAGUUUGCAUAGCAAACGCAAAUCCAAAGGAAGUGGACAUUAUAUCCACGCUCACUCGUCCUCAUUGUCCUUCAGUCAACCAUCCAGGAAAGAUAAUGGUCCCUUCGAUUCUAGAUAGGUUCACCAUUCACGGCCCAAAUGGCAAUCAUGCUUGCUACGUUACAGCGCCGGCGAGCGCUAGCCUCUCCGGAGUGAAAGAUGGCUCAUGGAUCCGCUUAUUUCAGCUUGACGUAGCCCGGUCAUUAGCUGCACAACUCGUUCUUGUUGUGGAUUAUGUGCACGCCCAAGGAAUUGUCCAUGGAGACCUUCACCUCGGCAACAUUCUUCUCAAAGUUCCGCCCAAUUUUGACCAGCUCUCAUUUAAACAAUUAUAUGAGAAAUAUGGAGCACCGGAACUAGACCCAGCUGUUCGUCUAGAUGGCAAUCCGCUUCCACCUAGUGUCCCAUCCCACGGCAUUGCGCCCAUAUGGUUGGGGGAAGCGAGUGAGAAAAUCACACUUUCAGAGACCAGGAUCUUGCUUACAGACUUUGGUGAAGCCUUUUCCCCCUCAAAGGAACGGAAAUACGAAUCUCGCACUCCCCUUGUCAUCCGUCCCCCCGAGGCGCGGUUUGAGCCAAAUGACUCUCUGUCUUUUUCAUCGGACAUUUGGACUCUCGCCUGUACCAUAUGGUCUAUCAUAGCCCAACGGCCAUUAUUUGAAGGGUUUCUCGCGACGGAGGACGACAUGACCUGUGAGCAUGUCGAUGCUCUUGGUGUUUUGCCACUUGAAUGGUGGAGGAGGUGGGAGGCGCGACGACUGAAAUUUACCGAGGAUGGUAAGCCAAUGAACCGCAACCCUUUCCGAUCUUGGGAGGAUCGGUUUGAGGAUAGCGUGCAACAGCCUAGGCGAGAUAGUGGCAUACCGUCGUUUGAUGCAAGGGAGAGGGAAGCUUUCUUCAACAUGCUACGGCCGAUGCUCUCAUUCAGACCUGAGAAUCCCUACUACUAA